AUGAAGAAGAUCAACUUGAUACUCAGGAAGUGCAAGAGCCUGUCAAGGCAGCUUGGGAGAUCUUCAUCCUACAGCAGCCUGAGAUCCAAAUCCACCCGAGAAAAUGUAUGGGGAGACAUGCAUGAAGAAGAACACAGGGAAGCCAUACUGGUAGGGAGCUCAAAAAGGAGAUACAUGAUAAGUUCUAAGUACUUAAACCACCCUCUCUUGAACGCCCUCAUUGAUAAAUCAAAGCAAAGGCCCGGAGAGGCUUUACUGGUGAAGUGUGAGGUGGUUCUCUUUGAUCAUCUCUUGUGGAUGCUUGACAAUGGUGAUCCAAACCUCAGUUCUGAGUCCUUAGAAGAACUGGCCGAGCUCUACGCGCUCUGA